CGAUUAUGUGGCGAGUUUUGGGGCUAAUGAAGCCUUCUUCCACAGCUUUGUCAAUGAAAGACAAUAACGAAUUGUAGUAUCCAUCUACAUUCAGUAACCCCACCUUGCAAUAAUAAAAUAAUAUUACAAAAAUUAUUAUAUUUUUCCUCAAUAAAACAAGUAAUAUAUAAAUAAGAAUAUCCCUUAAACAAGUACAAUAAUUUUUUAAUUUAAAAGUUUCAAUUUAGUUCUUGCUGGUUUGUCGUGGAUUCCAAGCUGAGCCCAUGUUAUGACCUCAAGAAGCUCCUCAAGAGUUCCAUAGCCACACAUAAAAACAAAUAUAAAGAGUAGAAAAACGUAGAUAGGAUACGAGCCCAAAAAUCCAUUGUUAACCUAGCUUUACUCUCAUCAAAAUGGCAUCGGAGGAAGACAAGGCGCUGCCUCUCGUGAAUACUGAUGACGACCCGGACUCCCACAUGAUUAAUAAGAUGGCAACGGUGGAGUCUGAGAUUUCUGAGAAAGUCCGACUAAGAACUAGGGGGCCCUCCAUCUUCUUACUCCGUCGUCCAAGACCAGGAUUUGCAAUGCCAAAGGAAGCACAAGGCAUGGCAAUGUUGUGGUUGCUAUUACCUAGCUAGUUUAUUAUUUUUAGUUCUGGAUUAUCAUCAUAUAACGAUACAUGGUUAUUAUAUUGCUGCUGUGUGGAUUCAAAUAUACUCACAAUAUUAUGCAAUAAAGAAUUGAAGAGUAUUUAUAGUAUGUGAAUUGGUGAAUGAAUGAAAAAUGACUUAAUUGAUUGAAUGGAUUUUACAUUAUGCACCCUAGCUUUUACGUUAUACUAGUAUCUUCAAUUGAGCCUCCAUUUUUGAAUUCAGAUUCAGUCUCUGUUUUCUCCACUGCUGUGCUUUUCUUUUAUGUGUACAUAAGUAGUAAUAUGUAUCUAUAUUCUUGCUAUUUCACUCUUAAUUAAUUAUUUUUAUGUUGCAAGUUCUGUCAAGGGGAGGGGAGGCUGUACAGAUGACUACUGACCAUGAACCUAAUACUGAGCGGGGCAGCAUUGAGAACAGAGGUGGCUAUGUCUCAAACAUGCCAGGUACUUUAAAUUGGUCUUUGACAGAGGUCUUAUAGGAGUCUAUCAUGAUUGUUUUCAAUGGGUUAGUGUUUUGGAUCUGAGACGUUUUGUUAUUGUUCUCAAGUGCGAACCUUUCUCAACGUAUCCUCGAACUUAUGAUCUGAUCCAUGUGGCCAGCAUUGCAUCACUUACAAAAGAUCCAGCUUCUGGAAAAAGAAGGUGCUUGUGAUAGGUGCUACAAAUAGAUUAGACAUUCUUGAUCCCGCUUUGUUGAGGAAGGGUCGUUUUGACAAGAUCAUUCGAGUUGGUUUGCCAUCAAAGGAUGGAAGAUUUGCCAUUUUGAAGGUGCAUGCUAGGAAUAAAUUCUUUCGCUCAGAGGCAUUUGGAUUACAUUGGGCGAGAUGAGCUACUUGAGGCAUUAAAGAGGCGAAAAGGAACUUUUGAAACAGGCCAAGAGGAUAGUGCUGAAAUUCCUGAAAAAUUGAAGCUUAGACUGGCAUACAGAGAAGUGGCAGUUGCUGUUCUUCUUUCAUUCAUUAUGGCAGCAGAGUCAUCGGAGGGUGAAGAAUAAGCAAAGCUCACUGGAGGGAAUCAACUCUUGGUUGUGGAUGAUGACCUCAGAGAGAUGAGCAAGAAGGCUGCCUGGAGUGUUAGCUCCUGCAAGCCUGGCAAUGGAGUUUCUGACAACCUGGAAACCUAUUAGCAAUCUGAUGGUGCUCAAACCCAUUUGGUUAACAUUCAGUUUCAAAAGAAAGUUAGAUUACAAUUAAUUAUUCUCUAUGUGGAUUUCAAGCUCGAUGGGAGUAAGCUAGAUGGGAGUUACACGCCAAGCAAGAUUUCCAUUCGUGCUGGUGAUGGCUUUCACAACCUGAAGGGUGUGAGAUCUCUGCUGUCUUUGAAGUCAUGUGUCAAAUUUAUAAGGAGCAUUAUGGCAAACCUGAGUUACAUGGAAGCCAAUAGGCAUAGCCAUAUAAUUAUUUAGGGAUGUUACACAUUCAUGUAACCAAGUUGGUCCAAUACAAAAAAAAUCCAAAAAAAAUCCAAUACUAUUAAAUGAAACGUGAAAUACACGUGUCUAACACAUACGAAAUCGUUCUUGUCCAACGCUUCUUCUCUUCUCCA